AGGAAGAGAGAAUCGGUCCGGUAAGCAAGUGGGAAAAGAAGGAAGACGAGUUUUCUGUUUGUUUGGCUUUGCAUUUCUGCAAGCACAGCAAGCUUGAAUGCCAGUCUGUCAUCUCUAUAUCCAGUUUUGUAUUUAUGUAGUUGUCUAUUAAUAUAAAUACAUCUCGGGUUAUAUAUAUAUAUAUAGUCCUCUCUCUUCUACUUUGGCUCUGUAUCGCUCCUGGUUUUGUAGAGAGAGAUUUGAAAAUUGAAGCCCCCUUGGCUUCGAAGCCAUGAGUCUCUUCGGCCUCGGUAGCAGAAACCAGAAGACAUUUCGCCCUAAGAAGAAUACACCAUCUGGAAGUAAGGGGGCUCAACUUCAAAGACACAUUGAUGCAACUUUGGGUAGUGGGAACCUGAGGGAGGCUGUACGACUACCUCCAGGAGAAGACAUGAAUGAAUGGCUUGCUGUAAACACGGUUGAUUUCUUCAACCAAGUGAACCUUCUGUUUGGCACUCUUACUGAAUUCUGCACACCAUCCAACUGUCCAACAAUGACAGCAGGGUCGAAAUACGAGUAUAGAUGGGCUGAUGGAGUUACCAUCAAGAAACCAAUAGAGGUAUCUGCUCCAAAGUACGUUGAGUAUUUAAUGGACUGGAUUGAAGUUCAGCUAGAUGAUGAGUCUAUUUUUCCACAAAAGUUGGGGGUACCCUUUCCAGCAAAUUUCAUAGAUGUUGUCAAGACAAUAUUUAAACGAUUGUUCCGUGUCUAUGCUCACAUAUAUCACUCACAUUUUCAGAAGAUUGUGAGUCUAAAGGAAGAAGCUCAUCUGAAUACUUGCUUCAAACAUUUUGUUCUAUUUACAUGGGAAUUCAGCUUGAUUGAUGAGGGGGAACUUGCACCUCUCUAUGAUCUUGUCGAGUCUAUUUUGCAACUAUAGCUUCAUUUUAACAUUCUUUUUUGCAAGAAAGCAUUUUUUGGUUUGUUUUGAUUUUGUCUGGGUAUAUAUAUUGUUUUUGGCUUCUCUUUGUCCAUGGAAUUUCUUUGUUGAAUGAGAGAUUAACAUCUCUUUCUUUCUC